GUCAUUUUCUUGGCGACUGCUACCAACGAAGAUAGACCUUAUCUUCGUUGCUGCUACGCUACGCCCCGAUUUUGUAUAUUUUUAUAUCUCUUUAAACCAAAUUCCAGCAUUCCACGUUAGUUUUUAGGAUGAUUACGAGCAAGUGCCAAGAUUUUCUCUUCUCGGUCGUCGAUGGUGUUUUCCUUUCUUCAGUUUAUUAGAGACUUUUUUAAGAUGUACGUAUGUGUAUGGUGGAUCAGACCUUGGAAAACAGAGUAGGAAAAUUCAAAAACCAACAUGACUUCUGUGUUUGACCAAUACGAGCAGGCCUCACAAAGGUCAAAGCAGGCAGUGGCACCACCAAUUAGACAUGAUAUUAGCACUACAGGUUUCAUACAGAUGAAGCUCCAAGAUGAGACUCCAAUAUUUAUCAAGCAGAAGGUCAAUUUCAUGCCAUCAGAGAAAAUAUCACACAUGUGUGUCAGCAGUAAUUUUAUUGUUAUCUCAAUGGCUAAUCAUAUUCUACUCAGAAUUGACAUGAAACAUCCUGAUACGCCUGAAGAAAUUGAAAUCUCCAAGUAUAUUGGAAAUUUGAGACUAUCUGGUUUAUUUCUCGAUCCCUUGGGCCAGCAUUUGAUAAUAACAACUAUACCAAAACAAGGGGAUAAUACUUCUGCAGCAGAAAUAUUCUAUUUGCACAGAAAAACUACAAAAUUGAAACAGGCAUCUAAAUUUCGAGGACAUGAAAUUACAGCAGUUGGUUGGAAUUAUGCCAAUACCUCAGAAACUACUACAGGCCCAAUUUUGCUUGGAACUUCCAAAGGUCUGAUUUUUGAGACUGAGAUUGGUUUAGAAGGAGAUAAGAUAUUCACCACAAGUUUAGAACAGUAUUGGAGACAGCUUCCAAAUUAUUUGCCUCUUUAUGGUAGUAAAGAGUUAGAGGGAUUGGUUUUUGAUAUUGGCAAGGACAGUAAACCCCCAAUCACUGGUUUGGAAUUCAGAAGAAUACCAAAUACUGACAAAUAUGUUGUUAUACUAACAACUCUGAUUCGUAUUUAUCAAUACAUUGGUGCUGUUACAAGCCAUGAUGAAAAACCACUUUUACAGCAAGUAUUCAGCAAGUACUUGAACAGAAAGGAACGUUUUAAUCAGUUGGAAAGUUCCUUACCAUACUCAAAAAUGCAAUUAUAUUUCUCCUCCCCACAAGAGUUUCCAAAAACUUUUAGUUGGCUUACCGAAACUGGCAUUCUAAUUGCCAAGGUCGACUCUAAAGUCGAUCCUGAAAAUAUACUAGUCAAUCAGCAAAUGCUACCAUGCCCGGAAACUAGUCUACUCAGCAGCAGUGUGUCAAGAAAGAAAAAUGCAGCACCGCUAUCGUUCGUUCUGACUGAAUUUCACGUUCUCCUUUUGUACAGCGAUCACGUGAAGGGUGUUUCCUUAUUGAAUCAAGAACUGAUUUUCGAAGACAUUUACAACGACGCUUUUGGCAAAUUAGUUAACAUUACGAAAGAUCCAAUGACGGGGUCUAUUUGGGCUUUUAGUGAACGCGCAGUAUUCAAAUACAAAGUAACUAGAGAAGAUCGCAACGUUUGGCAGGUGUACAUUGAGAAAGGCGAAUUCGAGCUUGCAAAGCAAUACUGUAAGGAUAACCCUGCUCAUAUAGAUCAGGUGCUGAUAAAACAAGCCGAGAAAUUAUUUGAAAAUAAGGAAUAUGAUACAAGUGCACUUGUAUACGCAGAUACACAUUCUUCUUUUGAGGAAAUAUCUUUGAAAUUUUUGCAAGAGAAUCAAACCGAAGCAUUAAAAACAUUUCUCAAAAAGAAACUAGAAGGCCUAAAACCUCAAGACAAAACCCAGAUCACUAUGAUUGUGAUAUGGGUCGUAGAACUUUUUAUGAAUCAAAUGGGCGCUCUGCGCAGUAGCGAGACCUCUUAUCUGCAAAAUCCGCGAUACAUAGAGCUGCAGAAACAGUUUGAUAGUUUUCUAGCAACAAACAAAGUCGAGGAAUGCGUACGCAAAAAUCGCAGCAUUAUAUACAACAUUAUGGCCAGUCAUGGGGACAAGGACAAUUUGCUUCGACUCACGAUAAUGAACAGAAACUAUGAGGAGGUCAUACGGCAGCAUUUGUAUAAAAAUAACCAUCUUGAGGCGUUGGAGGUGCUCAAGAGUCAGGCGAACAAGGAACUAUUUUAUCAAUUCGCCGGGAUCUUACUCCAGGAACUGCCUAAGCCUACUAUGGCAGCUUUGAUAUCCCAAGGCUCCUACCUCAAACCCUCCAAGCUUUUACCAGCAUUGGUCUCUUGUAACGGUGACGAAAAGCAUGCAAGAGAAAUAAUUCGUUAUCUGGAGCACUGUGUCUACGAACAAAGUUGUCAGGAGCAAGCGAUACACAAUUUUCUACUAUCUCUCUAUGCUCGGUAUAAAAAGGAUGAAGUCAUGCGAUAUAUCAGUUCUCAAGGACAAGAUAUAAGUAUGGUUCACUACGAUGUCCACUACGCUCUCCGUCUUUGUCAGGAAGCUAAACUAACCGAAGCUUGCGUACAGCUUUCGGCAUUGUUGGGUCUUUGGACAACAGCAGUUGAUUUGGCCUUGACUAUAAGCGUAGAUUUAGCCAAGCAAAUUGCUGCAAUGCCUUCGCAUCACGGAAACGACGAACUAAGGAAAAAGCUUUGGUUGAAAAUAGCGGAACACGUCGUGCGAGAGAAAGACGACAUUCAGCAAGCAAUGAACUUCCUACAACAGUGUGAUUUGGUCCGAAUAGAAGACAUCUUACCAUUUUUCUCCGACUUUGUUACUAUCGAUCAUUUCAAAGAGGCCAUCUGCAACUCUCUACAGGAAUACAAUCGUCACGUUCAAGACCUCAAGGAAGAGAUGGAAGAGGCGACGAAAGCAGCUGAAAUUAUUCGCAAAGACAUUCAAGCCUUCCGCACAAGGUGCACGUUUGUCCAGGCAAGAGACACCUGCAACACAUGCGAGGUUCAAUUGCUUCUGCGGCCGUUUUACGUCUUUCCCUGCGGACAUCGUUUCCACAGCGACUGCCUCGUGGCGGCCCUGACACCGAUGCUACCACUCGAACGACAGACACGGCUCGCAGAGCUGCAGCAUCAACUGACCCUCGCUUCCACCAGACCGGACGAACUGGCAAAGCACAACCAGAGCACGCACUCCGGUAGCGCUGACGGAAGCGCUUCGGCAUCGCUGUCGACCAAGGAACAGAUAAAGGCCGACUUUGACGACCUCGUCGCUUCUGAGUGCCUCUACUGCGGCGAAUUAAUGAUAGACUCAAUCGACAAGCCGUUCAUAGAAGAAGAGGACUACGAGAGAGUAAUGAAGGAGUGGGCAUAAGUCGUGAAACCAAGUUUUGUAAAUAACGCUGUAGAAAGGACUGAUAAGAGACUUUACACUUUUAUGAUGUAAUGGUUAAACGAAAGUGUAUUUGAUGCAUUUGUGAUAGCCGCACGUGAAUUUUAUAUACUCUAUGAAGUUAUAUCUGUAUAAAAAAGUCGUAUAUUUAGUUACUAUAUAUAAUUAUUAUGAAAUGUCAGAGCAUUUUUAGAAUACUAAAUGCCGAUCAAAGAUAAAAUUUAAUUCACGGUACUGUGUUGCAUGACCGCGUUGUUAUGUGCAAUGUGAUUUUUUUCCAGAUACAUUAAUAAAGAAUACUUAUUGUUUUU